GAUAGCAGGAUUAAAACCUUCGCCUUGUUAAUAAAUUCAAACCGACGCUACGUUAAAAAGCAGUAAGUGUAUAGGUACGACGACUGCAGGAAAAAUGUUACUCCUGACAUGCUUCAGUGCUCUCGUCGUAUCAGCAGGACUGGCUGCAACGUUACCCGAAGUUCGAAUUGCCGAGGAAGAUGUAACAUUUGUGCUCUACAGUCGACUGCAAUAUGAAGGAGUGUACCUUAAAUCGAAAGACGUGCCCCAAAUCAAGCUCAUUAAAGGACUGUUCGAUGCGUCACGACCUACCGUGGUCUUGUUUCACGGUUGGAAAGAUGACUACACUGCUGGUUCCAACACUUUCCUAAGAGACGCCAUUUUGACCGCAAAAGACGCGAAUAUCAUUAAAAUCGAUUGGAGUUCCUACGCAGCGAAGGAUUAUAUCACCGCCAAAAAUUCCGUUUCCGGUGCCGGAAGGAUCGCAGCGAACUUUAUCAGUAAAAUAAACGAAGAAUUCGAUUAUUCCUACGAUAAAUUUACAAUCGUCGGGUUUUCAUUGGGCGCACACGCAGCCGGCCAUGUUGGGAAAACACUAAAAGGCAAAAUCAAACAGAUCGUGGGUUUAGAUCCGGCCGGUCCGCUGUUUAACGCGAAAGAUACGGAACAAUCUUUAAGUAAAUACGAUGCCGAAUACGUAACGGCGAUUCAUACCAACGCAGGUGUCUUGGGAAUCACCGAACCUGUAGCCCACAGCGAUUUCUAUCCAAACGGUGGCAGAAGGCAACCAGGAUGCGGACUGGAUGCACUCGGUGGAUGCGCUCACAGUCGAGCAUGGGAGUAUUACGCGGAAUCUGUGGUUAAAAAAGCAUUCGUUGCUAAAAAAUGCGCCACCUACGACCUGUUUCAAUUAAACAUUUGCACGGGGUCGGGAGGUAUGGGAGGAUUUUAUUUGGAUAAGUCGCUUUCGGGCACCUUCUAUUUGGACACUAACGCCGAGUCGCCUUAUAGCAAGGCGUAGAAUUAUCUAAUUCAUGUCCUGUAUGAUACUUACAAGAUGAUAAAUAAAUACCUGAUUCACAAAUAUAGCAUUUUUAUUUAUAAUAAUGAACUU